AUGGUUUUAAAGAACAAUUUAGAAAAAAGCCUAAAAGAUUUGGAAACGAGAAUUAAGGAAUUAGAGGAAAGUAACGAAGAGUUACGUUCACAAUUCAAAUAUUUAGAAGAAACCAAAGCCAAUAUCAAUAAUUUAGAAGAAAAGGUUAGAGAGCGAGAAGAAGAAACCAAAACCAUUAUCAAUAAUUUAGAAGAAAAGCUUAGAGAACGAGAAGAAGAAACCAAAGCCAUUAUCAAUAAUUUAGAAGAAAAGGUUAGAGAACGAGAAGAAGAAACCAAAGCCAUUAUCAAUAAUUUAGAAGAAAAG